AAACCUUUCGAUCUGUGAACAACAAUCGGCAGGCAGGCGCCGUCUGAUGUAGGGAGAGUCGAUUUGCAAGCAGUCUGCACACAGGAAAAGGAGAGGCAGUUACAAACUUUACAAACAGCUGUUUUCUCCAAUAACCCGUAAAGCCAUGGACCAGGAGUAUGAGAGCCGGCUGUUAAGACAGAUCAACAUCCAGAAUGACAAUGCCAGCCCAAUCAAGAUGACUGAGGUCAUGAGGGCACUGACGCCGACCAACUCCCCUCUCUCCUCUCCCAGUAAGCAUGGGGACCGGUUCAUCCCGUCUCGAGCUGGGGCCAACUGGAGUGUGAAUUUCCAUCGCAUAAAUGAAAAUGAGAAGUCGCACAAUCAAAACAGAAAGACAAAAGAUGGCACAUCAGACAACAGCAAGGCAGACGGCCUGGCGUACUCUGCCCUGCUGAAGAACGAGCUGUUAGGCGCGGGCAUCGAGAAGGUGCAGGACCCCCAGACAGAGGACCGCAGGCUACAGCCCUCCACCCCAGAGAAGAGAAGCCUCUUCAGUUAUUCCCUCAGUGCCAAGCGCUCCCUACCAGAUGAUGGUAACAGUGUAUCGCCAUACUCUUUGUCACCUGUCAGCAGCAACAGUCAGAAAUUGUUGCGGUCACCAAGGAAACCGACUCGAAAGAUCUCAAAGAUCCCGUUCAAGGUGCUGGACGCUCCUGAACUGCAGGACGACUUCUACCUGAACCUUGUGGACUGGUCCUCCCUCAACGUACUUAGCGUAGGCCUGGGCACCUGUGUGUACCUGUGGAGCGCCUGUACCAGCCAGGUGACCCGUUUGUGUGACCUAUCAGUGGAGGGGGAUUCUGUGACAUCAGUGGGAUGGUCAGAAAGGGGUAAUCUGGUGGCUGUGGGCACACACAAAGGCUUUGUACAGAUCUGGGAUGCUGCUGCUGGUAAGAAGCUCUCUGUCCUGGAGGGACACACAGCCAGAGUGGGUGCUCUGGCCUGGAACGUGGACCAGCUGUCGUCGGGCAGCCGUGACCGUCUGAUCCUGCAGCGGGACAUCCGGGCUCCGCCGCUGCAGUCGGAGCGCAGGCUGCAGGGCCACCGGCAGGAGGUGUGCGGCCUCAAGUGGAGCACGGACCACCAGCUGCUCGCCUCCGGGGGCAACGACAACAAGCUGCUGGUGUGGAACCACUCGAGCGUGCUCCCGGUGCAGCAGUACACGGAGCACCUGGCGGCGGUGAAGGCCAUCGCCUGGUCACCCCAUCAGCACGGGCUGCUGGCGUCGGGAGGGGGCACGGCCGACCGCUGCAUCCGCUUUUGGAACACGCUGACGGGCCAGCCGCUGCAAUGCACCGACACCGGCUCCCAGGUCUGCAACCUGGCCUGGUCCAAGCACACCAACGAACUGGUGAGCACACACGGCUAUUCCCAGAAUCAGAUCCUGGUGUGGAAGUACCCUUCCCUCACACAAGUGGCCAAGCUCACGGGCCACUCCUACAGAGUACUCUAUCUGGCUAUGUCCCCUGACGGAGAGGCCAUUGUGACCGGGGCUGGGGAUGAGACUCUGCGCUUCUGGAAUGUCUUCAGUAAAAUGAGAUCUACCAAGGAAUCCAUAUCUGUUCUGAACCUCUUUACAAGGAUUCGAUAACAGAAGCAUAUUCGGUUGGACAGGACUGACAGACCCUCUAGGUCUAUGUACACUGACUAUCGCACAACCAGGAUUACCUGUGGAAUGGCAUUAUGUCCACGGCCCUCUUCCUCCCUUCUGAUUGGUUGGUCAGGGGAUGGAGAUUUCUCUCUGACCUUGGAGCUUAUUUCAGAGACUUGUGCAGGACUGCCAAAUACUGAUUCUGUCUUCAUGAACAAUCGGAUUUUCUGUCACCAUUGUGCUCUUCAGCUAGUUGUUUUUUAUUACGUUUUUGUUUUUGUUUGUUUGUUUACCUUUUGUAUGUUGAGGUUUAUUUUGUUGGUUGCAUAUCUUUAUGUUGUUUGCGGUGACAAGCUUUGUGCCUACUGGUGAAGUGUGUUAACCGAAGAUGGUUAACACCUCACCUCAGAAAGAGACCUGGAUAGGGAUUGAGGUGUGUAUGGUAUUUUAAUUGACUGUUCAUUUAUUUACCGAAAUACUUUUUAACUUCAUUUUUAACAACUGACAAAUUGUCUAAAGUUUUUUUUUUCCCAUCCAGCCCAAAACAGAACUAUUCAACUAACAAAUCUGAAGAAAAAAAAAAUGCUGAAAAAUACCAUUGCUUAAUUUGAGAUUGAAAAGAUUGUGUAUUUGGUGUGUGUGCGUGUGUGCAUUGAAUGAAUCAGGUUCAGUAAAUGGACUAAUUGGGUGAAUAGCUGUAAUGUACGAAACCUCCAGUUUGUUGUUAGUUCCCCUUGCCCAUCUCUCCAGCCCAUCUCACCAUUCACCUGUAAUACCAAAUUACGCAUUACAUUACCCACUACAUGAUUUCAUUGAAGUUCUGUAUUUUGUGUCGUUAGUACAAAAUCUGGCUCGCUUUGAUUAAGGGUCUGUUGCAUUAGCCCACUGCUCUCUGCUCAAAUCAGUGGAACUUCUUAAAAAAAAAAUGGUCUUUGGCACUUUUAUUUCUAUUUUAAGAAAGGAAUGCCAUGUGAUUUGAGUUUUUUUGUGUUUUGUUUGUUUUAAGUAUUCUGUUAAAUCAGGUUUGUGUCUGUUUUAUUGUAGCGUAAAUAAUUUUAUGUGUGAAUGAGUUAUUUAUUUGAGUUUAUCUGAGAAAUGUAACAUUGUGAGGAUACAUGAAGAGUUUUUGGUUUGUAUGUUAUUUUUUGUUUAUUUUUUAUUUUUUGCCUACAGAAUGAUGGAUGGUCUAUUUUUUUUUUUUUUUUUUUUUUUUUUUUACCCUGAAAAAAAGAUGGCUGCCAAGUCAGUAAUGAAUGUUACUGUAAAUAGGUUAAUGGAAAGACACUGAUUUCUUACAUGGGAAUCUGAAUUAAAAGAUCAAAGUUC